UGCCGGCCAGGAGGACCCGUUACAACUCCGGCCUGCAGGCUCCCAUGGCGGCGGCGGCGGCGUGGCUGAGGGGCGCGGAGGCCUCCGCGCGGGCCCUGAGGGGCGCCUGGGGGCUGCUGGGCGCGGGACGCGGCUUCCGGAGCAGCGCCGCCGCGGAGAAGUGCCACGCGGCCCGCAUCCGCCCUCGGAAGGGGAAGCAGCCGGUGACCUACCAAGAGGCCCACCCGCCCCACUACAUCGCCCACCGCAAGGGCUGGCUCUCCCUGCACACCGGUAACCUGGACGGGGAGACGGAUGCGGCCGAGCGCACGCUGGAGGACGUCUUCAUCCGCAAGUUCCUCUUCGGCACCUUUCACGGCUCCUUGGCAGAGGAGGUGGUGCUGAAGCGCCGGGCCAACACGGUGGUCAUCUGCGCCCUUCUAAUACAGAACCUCCCUCCCCAUAAGAUUUACUUCCUGGUUGGCUACACAGAGAUGCUGCUCUCCUUCUUCUACAAGUGUCCCGUUAAGAUGGAGCUGCAGACCAUCUCCGAGAAGGUCAUGUACAAAUACCUCUAGUCCUGGCUGAGCUUUUCGUGGAAAGAUGUUCCUGACUCCUGAUUGGUAUCGAUGCUCCACACUGGACCCGGUGAGGGUCCUUGCUUCUUUUGCCCUUGGACAGACUGAUGUUUUCCAGCCAUUGAUGUCUCCUCCAGAGACUGAAAAAUAGAUGGAAGCGCCCAGAGAUAAGGAGAAAUCUUGUCGAUUACUAUAAAAUGAAUUGCUGAAAUGCAAACAAGGAA